AUGAGGACACUACUACCAACCAUCUUCAUCCCUCAGAGUGAACUUCUCCCCACCUCCUGGUGCCACCUCUUGGGCCUCAGCCUGCCCGCCAUGGCGCUCUGGGUGCGCUCGCUGCCCCUGCUGGCCCUGCUGGCCGUCUCCGGCCCCGGGAGCAGCCACGCGGCCGUCAGCCAGCACCUCUGCGGCUCCCACCUGGUGGAAGCUCUCUACCUGGUGUGCGGGGAGCGCGGCUUCUUCUACCAGCCCAAAGCCCGGCGCGACGUGGAGCAGCCUCUAGUGAGCGGUCCCUUGCAUGGUGAGCUGGGAGAGCUGCCCUUCCAACAGGAGGAGUUUGAGAAAGUGAAGAGAGGCAUCGUUGAGCAAUGCUGCCACAACACCUGCUCCCUCUACCAGCUGGAAAACUACUGCAAUUAGCAGCAGG